UGACAAAUCCGGAGAUAUCGGUUCAAACGUACAAUGUGGUUUUAUCAAUUUACACGACAUUGUUAUGAUCUGUGAACCGAAACAAAGGGCUAUGUUUUCCCUAAGCCCUCUAUCGCAGCGCACGCAAACAACUAGCGAGGUUCGCCAGGGAUUUUCAAAAUAAAAUUUCUCGCGAGAUCUCAUCUUUACUAUUCAACAUGGCGCCGAAGCGUAAACUUUCCAUGCCAACAGCUCCAAUUAGAAUCGACAAACGCCGUAAAAGACCUUCGACUGUUCGUAAAAUGACGAGGGCACAAGUUCAGGAAGUUCGUGGUAAGCUGGAAGAAAUUGAAAGAACUGAACUUGUUGCAAACGUCAACGAGGCAGUGGAAAGUGAAUUGCACAUGGAGAUUGGCCACCGAAAAUUGUUCCUGCAAAGCCUUCACAGCAACGGAUUCUUUGCUGUGCUCGUUGGAAAUUUGUUUACCCUGUUCAUGGAAUUGUAUGGAAGCUCAUUUUCUAACAGGCCUAUAGACAGCUACGUGGCGUUUCAGUUGGUGUGGCUGAAUACGGUAUCGUACGCGUUUAGCGAUAUCGAUGUCAUCAAGUUAGGGCCCGGUGCCGGCAGUACUAGUACUAGUACCAGUGACACGGACGCGAUGCAUAAAUCUCUCAUGCGCGAACAGUGGCAAAGGGCCGUGGCGUCGUUUCCAGUGGCUGAUAGCACCAGUGACGACAGUACUAACGACGUUAGACAAGUUGGACACGCUAUCGCUUCAGCAGUCUUCCGCAAGGCCAGCGAAUGGUUGAUAAAAAUCAAGUCGUCUACAGAGGAAUCGCUCGCUACAGUCGAGUCUCUCCAUGAGGAGUCAGAGUACGCGCUUCUCGCUAUAGCUGGUGGCUGUGUGAACCUAGUAAAGCGCGUAGUGACAAGAAGACAGCUUUCUAAGUCAGCAAGGCAGAGAAGGGAAGGCAAUGCAUUGCUGAUACUGAUAACAACCUGUGUCCGUACAACAGAGCAGAAACGAAGAGUUCCCAUGCCAACACCACUAAGAAUACGUGACAGGGGUGGCUUGCUCGUUCCGCAGCGCGUAUUUUUACUGUGGCUGAGAAACCUGGACCGCGCAAUUAGAACAAUCGCGUCGGAAAGCGGAAUCGCACUCUACGGGAAGAAUAUUAUAAAGAUCACCUCUCAACAAGUGAAUGCCAUGGAUCACCUUCGUGACAUAUUUGGAGAGGCUGCGCGUUAUGCAUGCACCAUGGCCAAGUGCAACGCAACUAACUCAACCAUUAGCACUCUUCACCGCAUGUGGCAAACAAAGAUAGUCAACGCCCGAGUGAACGAGUGCAUGAUUUCUCAUCAGUUGGGUGUAGCGGAACAGCAGGGAAACCCGAUGAUGAAAGGAGGCUUGACCUUGCGCGAUGAACUUUACUGCUUGGCUAAAAAGCAACUGUAAACUUUCUGCAUGGCAUUUACAAUAGGAUCUACUAAUAGAACCCGAAAUUACAGUUUAUGAUGCAUGAUAUCGGUCAACGUGUUUAUUCAACCAUCAUAGUGAUGGAAUAACGGUACGUCUCGGUAUCCCUCUAUACUAGGGUGUUUUGUCUCAUCUUGUAUAAUAAUACUUUUUCUAGAUGUCUGGUAGCUUAUAGAUGUGAGUUUACCACCUGUGUAAGCUUUAAGCCUUGAGAAAAGACUUUCCACUGCGCUGCCGUUGAUGCGUAGCGGGGAAAUGAAAUGUUUAUCGCCAUGCCUACUCAAGAAAUCAGCACAGACACCCUGGAAUCCAGACACUGUAAUUCUGAGCAAAUCCCACGUCUGCCAUGCCAGAAAUCGUCUCUCUCUUGGGGAGUUAGGUUGGAAGUCGCUCAUGUCUGAAGGUAGCAAUUAAGAAUUAGGUUAAUUAUACGUAAAGAGAUUACAGUUCCAGUAUACAUCAUUACCUUCAUACAGAGGUGAUAUGCACACCUGUAAAGCUUUUUCAUUAACAGAAUUUAAUACGUUACACUUGCUUUGUAUGGAACAUUAGUUGCAUGCAUUACCUUCCAAUUCUUUAGCCCAGUUUUCGAAGUAGCGAUAUCCCUCCAAGAUGUUGUGCAGAACGUGUUGAUUUUGAGCAGUCACUCUGUGAUGUGACAAUAAACCGCGCUCAAACAUUAGGUUGCAUGCUGCCAAAUAGCCAUGCGUAGCCAUCACGGAUUUGCUCUCGCGAGGUAUGGCCGUCGGCUCGUCUGGUUGCGCAUAGCUCUCCAACUCCAUAAGCACAUGUUCUUGCUGUAAAUCAAUUUUUGCAGAUCAGGAUAUAAGUCAUUAGAUUGAUGUUAAUAGAAGUUAUUGAAUGUCAUUGAAGUUAUAGUUAAAAUGUAUUCGCACUGCACCGCAUGAAUGCGAACGACGUGUAAGAGAUGUGCUGGGAUACACAAAGUGCUUGCAUAGUAAUGUUUACUGUUACAAUAUAAUAUUUAACACUAUACGGCCAAACUAAAAAAAAGGUGAUUCCGGUCGACCGACCGUCCCUCGAUUAUUAAGGCCGACCCUAAAAUUUUUCCAUCAAAAAAAUAAAAAAUUUAUAGAAUUUUUUUGUAAUUUGAAAUCUGACAGACAAAACAUAAGAUUUUUUACUACAAACACGUUCUGGACUUGCUUACUAACUUACCCCUACCUAUAAACGACUUUAUAGCAUGCAUUAGAGGGAUAUUAAGAACC